AUGCAUUCGUCGAUGGAGCGUGCCCAGAACAAUGCUUCGGUUGAGAGCCAACAGCACACCUCCGUCUCAGCCGAGAAGGGGCCAGAUGUAGUUCUCGCUAGCAGCGGGUCGUCAGUAAGUGGUCGGAGCGAGGGUGGUCGAAGUACGCUUGUUCCGGUCAAGAUGAAGCUCAUCUCGAUUCUGCUGGUCACUGCAAUUGGAUUCGGUUCCCACUGGAGUAGUGGAGUGACUGGAGCCAUGAAGAGCACUUUGAAGAAGCAACUACACAUCAACAACUCCCAAUACGCAGUCCUGGAAGCCUCCGAGGAUUUCAUGAAGACAGCUUUGAUCCUUGUCAGCGGUCUUGUUACUGACAGGAUCGGCGGUGCAAGCGCCAUGCUCUGGGGUAAUGCCAUCUUCAGUGUUGGUGCCAUUUUUAUUGCUGCAGCCACGACCGUACGCUCGUACAAAUUCAUGAUUUUUGGUGUCAUCGUCCAGGCUUUCGGCGAUAUCGCAACCCAGGUCGCCCAGUAUAAGGUCUUCAGCUCCUGGUUCGCACCCUCCGACGGAUUCGCAUCUACCCUGGGCUUCGAACUCGGGAUUGGCAAAAUAGGAUCCUUCGUCGGCAAAGCCACGGCCAACAUCAUUGCGAAGAAGACUGGUGACUUUAGCUGGGUGUACUGGACCGCCGUCUUCAUGAACAUCUUUACCAACGUCAUCACCCUGGGGUUUUGGUUCUUUACAAAAUGGUGCAACAAGACCUACUCUGGUAUGGUCGACCCCGCGACUGGAGAGAAGCUCACGGAGAAUAACAAAAAAUUUGAGUUUGGCAAAUUGUUACGUCUGCCUUGGACGUUCUGGAGUGUCGUGUGCUUUUCGCUCUUCCAGAGCAGUACUGCGGGCAUCUACAACCAGAACGCUACCGAGCUUGCCGAGCAACGCUUCAAGAUCGACGCAAUCCAAGCGGGUUGGUACUCGGCCAUGUCACAGUACCUAGGAUUCUUCCUCGUACCCCUUAUCGGCAUUUUCAUUGAUCUCUUCGGCAACCGUAUCACCCUCAUGGUCGUUUGCGGAGUGGGCAUGCUGCUGUCUAUGUGCCUUGCUGCUUGGGGUCCAACUAUUGGCGGUACCGCAGCUUCAUUCGGCAUCUACGCUGUCGCGACGUCUUUCGGCCCCACGGUCAUCAUCGACUCCAUUCGCACGACGAUGUGGUAUCAGGAGGUUUUCGGCUCGGGCUACGCAGUCAAGAUCGCCGUCAACAACAGCAUGACCAUCUUCGUCCGUAUCGUCACAGGCGUCAUCCAAGAUCGCGACAAUAACUCAUAUGACAACGUGGUUAAGGGCUACGUCUUCCUCGCUGCCGGCUCUGUUGUUGUCGGCUUUGCACUUCUCGCGGGCAGCUACUGGACCGUGGAUCUUAAGCUACUGCAAUGGACGAAGAAGCAACGCAUGGCUAAAGGCGAGACCAUCAACGAUAGGAGAGUCAAGUUUGAGAGUGGCGAGGCCGGCACAAGGAACAGAACGAUCAGUAUGACGUUAUUCAUUGUUCUUAUCUUCUUCCUCUUGGGGGCAUGGGCAGCGUACUUCUGGGGUGUAGCAACGGACAACAACAACUGA